AUGGCAGAAAUCGCCCCAUCGCUAUCAGACGGUCAUAUCGUCAGAACCUACCCAAAAGACUAUGCUGCAUUGGAUACAGAAUCGGAGGGAGAAGUGCAAUUCGAAGUGGAUAUAGAAGACGAAGAGCAGUAUUCCAUCGCCACAAGGCUCGUCCAAAACCAGGAGUAUAUGGACCAGCAAAUUACCCCACCAUCUGCUUGGAUAUUGGAACCUCAGCCCUGGCAAACAACCGAAGGCACCGAUUAA